GCUAGACAUUAGAUAAGUUACCAAUAAAAAAAUCUAUAUCUUGUCACAUAUAAUAGAUUGUAAAAAUAAAUCAAAGAAUGUACUCAAGCUUUAUCAUGCUGUUAUCAUAAUAAUUACGCUCUUAUGACAUCAGUAAAGCUGUAAUUAAGACAAUAAUUAUCGUAAUACGCAGAAUGAAAUCCAUCUGAAUUACAGUCACAAGUGUUUUCCCAAAUAAUAAUUUAAUUGAAAUUAAAUAAUUUGUGAAGUGUCUCGUGAAAAUGAAGAACAAACUUAAAUUAUUAUGGUCGAAAACAAACCGGUGGCAUCAAGUUAUUUUCAUAUUCCUAUUAUUGGAGUCGAAGCUAUUUCCUGGAGGUAAGGUUGGUUUCCAAUGCAACGAUCCGGCGCUCUCCCAUCCCUACACCGGUGACACUGUUAACUGGACGUGGUUGAUCGGGAUCACCGUGUUCUUACCCUUAGUUGUGAUGCUUAUAGUAGAGAAACAGAAGGAUAAGACAGAUGCAGCUAAGCAAAAAACGUUGAUAUGGUACAAGGAGUAUUUAUAUGGAUUCCUGAUAAAUUUAACAUUCGUUCAGUGUCUUAAAUUUAUAGUCGGUUCUCCGAGACCGCACUUCUUUGAUACUUGCAGCCCUAAAGAGGAAACCACAUGUGAAGCAUCAGAGUACGUAUCGAGCUAUACGUGUACAAAAGCGCAUUGGCUGAAUCAGUCGGACAGGAGCUUUCCCUCUGGACACACGUCUCUAGCUUUUCACGCUGGUAUUUUUAUAAUCUAUUAUCUCUAUCGAAGAGCGAGUAAUGUACGUCCAACGCACGCGGUACAGUUGCUGUGCGCGGCGGCGAUGGUGUUCUGUGCCGUGUCGCGCAUGACGGACCACAGACACCACUGGUGGGACGUGCUCGCCGGUGUCGUUAUAUCUAUACCGAUACUUUUGUACACUAUAUCUCGUCUUUGUAAGAAUUUCGAAUGUUUGGUACCAAAGGAAAACGUUGAAAAUCAGAAUCUACAAGAUUCUUUUGAAAAAAGUGAGAUUAUGGAAAAUGUAUCAUAAAUGUAAAAAAUAUAAGUUUAAGUAUUUAUUUAUUCUGGUUAUAUUGUGAUGGUAGAUUCUUAGAUAUAUAUAAAAAAAAAAAAACAUUCCUGUUAAUUUAUUUUUUGAAUAUCGUAAUAAAAUUACAAUGAAAUCUAUUUUUAUAAUCUGUACACGGAGUUAAACUGUAAGAAGAUGUAUGUUUAAAGAGGUUAAUUUC